AACAAAAACACAAAAGAUGUCAGAUCUUUUGGUUGAAAAUGUCACUCUUUGAAUGUGGAGAAAGCCAAUAAGACGGAUGGUGAGCUUGUCUUAAUUGGAUGAAAAAGGGUUUAGCGCUUAAAGUUCAACACUUGCGAGUUUCCUGUUCGUAAAUAUCCCCAUCCGAAAAAAGGAAUUGGAACACAAAUUGAAAGUAGUCUGCGCAAUUGUCGAACACAAAAGGCAGGGUCACCCCAACAAACCAACUUGUUCACUUCUGUGACCUUGAUUUGUUGGGUCUUGAGUGUUUCCUUUCUAUUGGGGAGUUGUUUAGUGUAGAGCAGUGUUCUUACGUUGUAAGCUGGCGACAAGUUGCUAGUUGUCAUUUAUUUUGUUGUGUUAUUUUGUUUUAUUUCUUUUUUUUUUUUUGUUGGGAACACCUUUGUACGUCUCUCGCUCUCUCUCGCUCUCUCUCUCUCCCGCUUUCUCUACCGUUUGCUUCUUGGCGAAUGUUUUGCUUUUAAAGCAGGCAACAUAUACCCCUCACACGCAAAAAGACCCCUUCUCCCAGCUUAUCGCCGGACGACAAUUUUGGUUAUCGGUAGCUUGUUGAGUUUUCCAAACUCUCGACCGCCCCGACCCCCAUCAUUCUGUUUUCGCUCUUCCUUGCUCAUGGCUCUGACCUUGUCAGUCUCUCGCUUUUCUGCCGAAGGUACCACCUUCGACUGUGUGGGCGCAUCCCCAAUGUCUGCCUCUGGAAACUACCCAACACCAGGCAUGUUACAUUGGCAGUCGCAAGGAUGUUGGGGGCCCUCGGGGAUCAUCACAACUACCACAGCGGCGUCAACAGGGACAACGAAUACGUCAGGAGCAGGUUAUCCGUACUCUACGUCACCUGUAGAGUUUGAGUUUCCCACUCAAACUAUGGAUCAUUCGCCAUCCGACGCGUGGAACCCAUCGUUCAGUAUUCCCACUUUGGCAGCAGAUUUGUCACCAACGCCCAUUCCCGAGCCUACUUAUGGAGUCGAUCUCCAGGACACGGGAAUCUUUAUAGACAGCAUGUUCUUUCACCAUGACACGGCCAAUGUCAAGUCUGCAGCUGUCGAUAUGUGUGCCAUCCUUGCCGAUACGGACGCCGAGGUCCAGAGUCCUGACGAACUCUCCAAGGAUCAGGCCUAUGUCGAUCAUGCGGACUGGACACGAUCCGGGGUACCUCCAUCCCCCAUUCACUUGGAUAAACGGGGGAUUGGGGAGCAGACACUCGACAUGGACCCUUGGGAAAUACCUUCAGAGCAUCAGAUACCCUUUACCCCCAACGGUCUUCACCCUCAAAACUCCCCACCUUUCAAUCCAGUGUACAGCGCACCUCGGUACAUGUAUACGAUGCCACCUGCAUCCGCCCCGCCCUUGCAUUCACCAUCAGCAACAUCGCCACCUAUCCAAUCCCUCCCGAUCCUCGUCCCAACAGCCCGAAACCCGGUCUUUGCGCCCUCUUCUUCACCCUCAGACAUUGGUUCCAUCCCCUCUGCCCCAACCUCUCCACCCGUCUGCACAAAUUGCGGAACAAGUCAUACAUCCCUCUGGCGACGCGACAAGACAUCUGGCCGCAAACUAUGCAAUGCGUGCAAACUAUUUAGCGAUCUGCAUGGCGUGAUGAGACCAGAGAGUUUAUGGAAAACUGGCUUUGUCAAGCGACGAAGGCGAAAUGGAUCGGGUGAUUCUGAUACGCUGGCACGUAAAAGGGGAGCUGGGGCUGGAAAGCGGAAAGUGAUGGUACCUAGUCUUGUAAGAGAUGUGAGGCUAGCAGAUUUUGGCAUGACACCAGGUGUGUCGUAACGGCAUUCAUGUUUAAUAUUAUAUUUGUUUGGUCCACUAUCAUUACCACUGCUCUGGAGAUUCUACCUGUGCAGUUUCCAUUCAAAUGUCUGAUUCACAUG